AUGUUCAGAUUAUUAGGCCGUUUGGCCGUGAGUGCGGCGAGGCCUCGUCUUCCAUUGGCCGGACUGAACCGUAGAAUGCACUAUAUCAGCAAUUACAAUCUCAGCCAGCCGUCGAUACUUCCCAUAACACUACUUAAGCCAGUGAUACCAAUCGAGAACGAAACAUCUCGCGAGGAGAUGUUCACAGAUAGCGUUAUGCGCAAGAGAAGGCUCAAGAUGAAGAAGCACAAGUUGCGCAAGAGAAGAAAGAGACAAAAGGCUGAGACGAGGAAACAAUCUCGGGGCAAAUGA